UCAAGUUGUCUCUUUAUCUAUAUAUAAGCUAGCAUGCACCAACUCAUUCUUCAGCAACUGAUAUCACAAUAUAGUGAAACACACAUUCAGGGAAUUAAGUUGUAGUUUCAAAAAAAAGGAUAGAAUUAUGUGUCGCGGAGUUUUUGUUGUUGCAACCAGUGUGGGAGUAGUGGAGGCACUGAAGGAUCAAGGGUACUGCAAAUUGAACAACGCCAUGAGGUCAAUAGCUCAAGGUGCCCAGAGCCAAAUGAGGUCCUCAUCUCAGGCCAAGAAGCUGUCUGAAGCUUCUCCUUCUUCAGCAAUCAAUUCAAAAAAGCAGCAGAGAGAUGAGAGGAAGAGGAAGGCAGAGGAGGAGUCUCUGAGAACUGUCAUGUACUUGAGCACUUGGGGUCCCAAUUCUUAGAACAUGCACUUGAUUAAUUACAAAAUUUGCCAUAAUUCUGCUUCAUAACGCCAUCAGCCACCGUUAAUGUAUAAAACUGGAGAGCUGAGUGCUCUUAACUGCAUUAUUGGUGGACUCGUGGAGGGUUUUUGAUCAUUAUAAAUGUUGAUUGGUAUGUUUGUGUGUUACAACUAGAUAUAUAUGUUCUAUAAAUUGCUAUAUCAAUAAAAAUCAGCUUCAAAUUUGGCCACCGAA